CAGUGUGUUGCGUGUUAUCCGGACAACGCGGAGACUAAAAUCAAACGCACCUUUGGCUGGGGACAUACCACGUCACUCACCGGAGACCUGCUGCCACAUACUCGCUAGCACUACCACAGCGGUGAGCAUCUGGCUGCACUAGAAAUGUCGGUAUCUCUAGAAAAGCGGGGACUUUCACACAUUUAUUAGUCAUGAUGACAAGUGAGGGAAACGGGAUGGAGCCGUGGAACAAGCCAAAGCUCCCAUCUUCAGCUGACUGAUUCUCGAUUUACAAUUCAAUCACACCAACAAAGACAAUCUGCAUCAUGGGAAGGAUCAGCUUUUCGUGCCUUUUCCCAGCCCCGUGGCAUUUCAGCAUCUCAUCCCAGGUCCUUCCUCGGCUCCUGACACCAUCCCUCAGACAGCUCCUCUUCAUCGGCCUGGUGCUCUGCCUCAUCGGACUGCUCUACCUGCUGCUCGCCACUGGGAAGGGCCACGCCAGCUGGAUCAGAGAGGAAAAUCACUUCCACAGGCACUUGGCAAGGGUGACAGAUGUGGAUGCGACAGAUACAAGCAACCCCAACCUGAACUACGGCCUGGUGGUGGACUGUGGCAGCAGUGGCUCCAGGGUGUUUGUGUACUGUUGGCCCCGGCAUAAUGGUAAUCCCCAUGAACUGCUGGACAUUCAGCAAAUGAGAGAUCAACACCGCAAGCCAGUGGUCAUGAAGAUCAAACCGGGUAUCUCUGAAUUGGCUAAAACACCUGAGAAAGCCAGUGAUUAUAUCUAUCCACUGCUGAGCUUCGCAGCCCAACACAUUCCCAAAAACAAGCACCAAGAAACCCCCUUGUACAUCCUGUGCACGGCCGGAAUGAGAAUCCUUCCUGAAAGUCAACAAGAAGCACUUCUUGAGGAUCUGCGAACAGACAUCCCAGUUCACUUCAACUUCCUCUUCUCCGAUUCCCACGUGGAAGUGAUUUCUGGAAAACAGGAAGGUGUCUAUGCAUGGAUUGGAAUAAACUUUGUCCUCGGAAGGUUUAACCACGUGCACAAUGAUGGGGAAGCUGUAGUGGAGGUGCACGUCCCAGGCAGCGACCAGCAGGAGGCGCUGCAGAGGAAAAGGACUGCAGGUGUCUUGGACAUGGGCGGCGUCUCCACACAGAUCGCAUACGAAGUGCCCAAAACUGUAAGCUUUGCUUCUCCACAGCAGGAGGAAGUUGCAAAGAACUUACUGGCCGAGUUCAACUUGGGGUGUGACGCACAUCGCACAGAGCAUGUUUAUCGUGUUUAUGUGUCCACCUUCCUGGGUUUUGGAGGAAAUGCCGCGCGCCAAAGAUACGAGGACAGCGUCAUCAGAAAUACUGCCACUCGAAACAAGCUCUUAGGUCAGCAUAACGGUGAGACAGCAGAGUCUCCCCUCCUGGACCCUUGUCUACCCGCAGACCUGCAGGAUGAAAUUGGCACAUCUCCGCAGAAGCUCUACCUGCGAGGCACAGGAGACUUUGACCAGUGCAGACUGAUCCUCCAGCCGUUCCUCAACCGCACCAAUGAGACCCUCACCUCCCUCAGCGGCAUCUACCAGCCAACCAUCGACUACAGCAACAGCCAGUUCUACGGCUUCUCUGAGUUCUACUACUGCACGGAGGACGUGCUGCGCAUGGGCGGGGAUUAUAACGCUUCCAAAUAUGCCCAGGCUGCCAAGAAUUACUGCUCCACCCAGUGGAAGACUCUGAGCGAACACUUUGACUCUGGCCUGUACGCCUCACAUGCUGAUCUUCACAGGCUGAAGUACCAGUGUUUUAAAUCAGCAUGGAUGUAUGAAGUAUUGCACUCAGGCUUCUCUUUCCCGGCCAAUUAUAAAAACCUGAAGACCGCCCUGUUGGUCUAUGAUAAGGAGGUCCAGUGGACUCUUGGAGCUAUUCUCUACAGAACACGGUUUCUGCCUUUGAGGGACAUCCAGCAGGAAAGUCUGAAAGGCGUUCACUCUCACUGGCGGCACAGCUUCUCCUUCGUCAACAACCACUACCUAUUCCUGGCAUGUUUCUUCAUUGUGUUGCUGUCUAUUAUGCUGUACUUGCUGCGACUCCGUCGCAUCCAUCGGCGCACGGCGCAGCGCUGCACCCCUUCCUCUGUGCCGUGGUUGGAGGAGGGCCUUGGCUCACCCACGCUCCCUAUCAACCUCUAAACUUUCUAGAGCAUAAAGUCUGGAAAGCAUGUCUGACUUUCCAAAGCCCAUCUCAUUUUCCCUCUGAGGCCAUCUGCUUGUUCAGUCUGCUACCCUGAAAACCCCUCUACGAGUUGAAACAGAGAUGGUAGUGAGAAGUGGACGUACGAGGAAGAUCUUAUGUGAGUCUUCAGGCUUACCUGAGCCAUGAAAAUAUGUGUUUAAAUUAUUUUGUUUCAUAAUGACGUGUCUUUUUUAGAAUUCACGUUCUUGCUUUUUCUUGUCUCCUGAUGUCUUCUAUUUUAUUUCUAAAAAAAGACGAACACAACGGUACUUUGCUCGCUGGCAAAUCUUCCACACCCAAAUGAAUAUGUAGUCUAUACUUUGACCUUCACAAAAUUGGACAUAUUGGACAUUUGCCUUUUUUUAUGCCUUGUAUGUCUAUGAUCACAUCUUUUCUUUUUUGUUUUUAAAGUUGUUAAAUGGUACAAGCACUCCAUUUCUACAGGAAACUCAAAUGCAAUACGAUUUAUAAUGUGUGGAAGGAGCACUUUGUAAUGCAGUUGAGAUGUACUUCCCAGCUGGAAUGGUCUUUUUUUUUGUGUGUGUGUGUCUUUCGCAAAUUGUCCUGCCUCAACAAGACAAGUAGCCUUUUAAUAGCUAUACUAGUGCAAUACAUGUCUUGUCACUGUUGGGGAACCCUCCAAAACACAUCUUCUCUUUUGUCGAGAGGUUUGAUCUCUCUUAAAGCCCUGCUGAAAUUCUUCUUGUGUUGGAUCGUCUGACUUUUAAGUUGGAUACCGUUGCAUAUAUUUACGUUGGGCUUCAUUUUCAGAAGCUGUCAUAUCACUGCUGUGAGGGGAUCAUAAGCGAGAGCACAUGCCCAAUUAUUUAUAUGAAAACGGUCCACAGUGAAAUGUUUGCACAGAUGAAUGCAAAAUAAGUGUUGUCACAUUGCAAUUGAAUAAUAAAGAUUUUACGGUA